AUGCUGAAAAUCUUCGGGAAGGUUCUCCGCGCGGAUCUAAGGGAUACUGUAGACCCGGAUUGUGUGCAGACAUGUUUCAAAGCAUUUGAUUGUAUUCUGGCGUACUUUUAUACAAGUGGGCGGUGCCAACUUUUUAAUUUUAAUGAAACAGAGAAAUUGGAAGUGGAAGAGACCAACAAGGCAGAUGGGUUCUUUGUGGCGUUCAAGACCACCCUUCCUAAUGACACCUGUCCAGCCUAUCCCGAUAUCCGCCCUGUCGUGAAUAUCGGUGAGGAUCCCAUCACCUGGAUAAAAUCUGGAACAACUUUCUCAAGAUGCAUUGGUGACUGGAAAAUGUUUCGUAGAUCAAAUCCUGAGAUUACUGUAUGCAUGCAGGUAUACGAACGAUUCCUGGAAAUAUAUCCCAACGCAGACAAUUGGCAAGCGAUCUGGAUAGAUGGAGUAAGGAAUUGCAACUGGGAAAGCAAUCCGAAGUGUAAUGUAUUCGAAUGGUCCGAUGAGUAUACUGUUGGCGAGGAAGCGCUGACACCCGAUAACGCGGCACUCUCGUUUUAUAAAGGAAGUACACCUGAAAACUGUCUUGUUGUGAUCUCUAACAGCGUUACCAGCGUUUCUUUGAAUGAUGUACCGUGUGGACGUGGAUCCGGUCUGGAGCUUGGUGUGGCGUGUGGUUAUCAAAUGCUGGCGAGACGUUGGACGCGCGGUUAG